CGGCGCGGCAGCAGCAGUGGCAACGGGCGGCGACGGCGGGGGAGGCAGCCUUGUACCUAGAUAAAUCUAAGUGAAAUGUUUGUCUGCUUGAAGCCUCUCCAUAUUAGCUUGUCAUUCCAGCGUCUGGUUCAUGCUCUUGCCUAUUGUAGGCAAGGUUCCUUAAGACUCAAAAAACAUGGCCAUCUCAGGAACCAUCUGCACACAACCAGGGCAGUCUCUUCAGAAAGAAUCACUCCCGUGUUCACCAGAGCUUUGGCAUAUGGCGACAAACUUGCCCUAGUUGACCACCGUGGACAGUACACAUACAAAGACCUUUACUAUAGAAGUCUUCGCUUGUCCCAGGAAAUAUGCAAGAUUUACAACUGUCCCAGUGGAGACAUUAAGGAAGAAAGGAUUUCCUUCAUCUGCUCCAAUGAUGUGUCUUAUGUCAUUGCCCAGUGGGCAUCCUGGAUGAGUGGAGGAAUUGCUGUUCCUCUGUAUAAGAAGCAUCCAGCAUCUGAGCUGGAGUAUGUCAUUCAGGACUCCCAGAGCUCUUUGGUCAUUGCUGGCCAUGAGUAUGUGGAUCUUCUAAAGCCCAUUGUUAACAAGAUAGGGGUGUCGUUUUUGCCCCUUACAUCCACAGUCUAUGACAGAGAAGCUGAUGGACUAACCCAAGGGCAUGCUUCCCAUUUAGAGUGGAAAGAUAGAGGGGCCAUGAUCAUCUACACAAGUGGGACGACAGGAAGACCCAAAGGGGUCCUAAGUACGCAUCAGAAUCUAAAAGCAGUGAUAACAGGGCUUGUUGACAAAUGGGCAUGGAAAAAAGAUGAUGUGAUCCUUCACGUCCUUCCAUUGCACCACGUCCACGGCGUGGUCAACAAGUUGCUUUGUCCCCUCUGGGUGGGAGCUACCUGUGUCAUGCUGCCUGAAUUCAAUGCCAAAGUGGUUUGGGAAAAGUUUCUAAGCUCUGAAAAGCCACGGAUCAAUGUUUUCAUGGCAGUGCCUACCAUUUAUUCCAAAUUGAUGGAUUAUUAUGAUAAACAUUUUACCCAGCCUCACGUCCAGGAUUUUAUACGUGCAGUCUGUAAAGAGAAAAUCAGGUUAAUGGUGUCAGGAUCCGCCGCUCUACCAGUGCCAGUCCUUGAGAGGUGGAAGAAGCUCACGGGGCACACUUUGCUAGAGAGAUAUGGAAUGACAGAGAUUGGAAUGGCACUGUCUAAUCCCCUGAAGGGCAUUCGUGUCCCAGGUGCUGUGGGUACUCCAUUACCUGGAGUAGAGGUGUGCAUUGUCUCUGAAAACUCCAGGAACGAGAGCCAACCUUACCUCAUUCAUGCCCAAGGAGACCAGAACAGAACCAAGGUGACUCUGGGCUCAGAGGGCAGAGAAGGGGAACUUUUGGUGAGAGGCCCUACAGUAUUUCGAGAAUAUUGGAACAAGCCUGAAGAAACCAAGAGUGCUUUCACACCCGAUGGCUGGUUUAAAACAGAAGAUACAGCUGUGUUCAAGGAUAACAGAUACUGGAUCAUGGGCCGGACAUCUGUGGACAUCAUUAAGAGUGGAGGCUAUAAAAUCAGCGCUCUGGAAGUGGAGCGUCACUUACUGAGCCACCCAAGCAUCAUGGAUGUUGCUGUCAUUGGAGUUCCAGAUAUGACAUGGGGCCAGCGGAUUACUGCUGUGGUCAAGCUUCGUGAAGGCCAGUCACUUUCUUGCAAGGACCUGAAAGAAUGGUCAAGAGGAUACAUGGCAGCCUACACCAUCCCUUCUGAAGUCUUGUUAGUUGAGGAAAUCCCACGGAACCAGAUGGGGAAAAUCAACAAAAAAGAUCUACUCAAGCAGUUUUAUCCUGCUUAGCCCCUGCGGCUAAAACUUCGGUGACCUGGGCCCCCUUCAUCAGGAUUUGAAGUUACCUGUUUGCUCUUGUGAGCCCUACCCCCAACCCUUCCUCAUGAUGUAUCUCUAAUAACAGAAUGCCCUUCUGUGAUUGGGCCUUGGAAAGAGGCAAGAACAGAGACAUCUCCUCUUUUAAUCACCCGUUUCAGAGCUGCUUACACAGAAUUAAGCAAUAGAUAGUCCUAGGUUUAAUCUGAUUUUUUUCUACAGUCUCAGACUGAUUGCUAAAUGCAGAGCAGUCAAAAUGCCUUCCCCCUCCUUCCUUUCUCAGAAAGGAGGGCUGUUUUUCAUGUUCUCCUUCCAAUCAGUAUCUGAGGACGUUUUACCAAUCUUGCUGUUUUAAUAAGCCUCUGGUAUGUCAGUAGCAGAACUCCACCAUAAAGGUUCAUCCAUGGAGCUGGUGGGAUGCUUUUCCCCCACAGAUGACUCUGCACCCCUAACUCCAGCUCUGGCCAUCUAAGGCUUCUGACUCAAUAGUGAUGGUGGUAGUGGUGGUGGCCAGUUUCCAAAUGAUAUUUGUGCUUUGGAUUGGAGUAAACACAUCAGUGGGGGUCUUCCCAGCCCAUCAAGCAAUGUCAAUUCAAAGAAUUGAAUUAAAAAGAAACCAUGAGAGCUGACCUGCUGUGUGCUGUUUACCUUUGUGUGCUGAGGAAAGAUAGAGUAAGUCUGCACCUGCCAUGCUCUCCCUUUGAGCUCAGGACUUCAUUCCACCCUCACCACUGACCCACCCACCAAACCCGGACCCAGGCACUUCAUUAAGUCAGUCUCUUGGCAGUUGACAUUGGAAUUGGCCAUUACCUCAACACCCAUCAGUGUAAUACUUGGGCUAAGCAGCCUGCCCAUAGUUCUGUGCUAUCGUCCGAUAGAAGCCAGAGUGCAGACAACAUUAAACUACAGAGUAAAAUGCUGCCUUGACACCUUCAUUUCCUGGGGAGAUGAAUUCCUCAUUGCCUAUGUAGGACCUAGAGGGUGGGGGGAGCAGAGCUCUCAUUCCCUUCCCCGCUACCAGCCUCCUCUCUUUGGGAUGCUCGUCCUCCAUACUGUUUAUAUCUAUCAGCCUCAGGCCAUAUGCAACUCAUCCUCAGAUGAAAUUGCUGUUUAAAUUAAACUUCUGUCCUUAGCCAUCCUCA